GUGACGUGGGCGUGCGGCUCGACCAACGUCUACCGGGUCGGGCACAAGGGCAAGGUCGAUCUGAAGGUGCUGUGGCCGGCGACCUGCGGGCACAUCUACUGCGAGCACCUGCCUGUUCUUGGGAAGAUGGAAGACCCCAGUAGCACGGGAGAGCCGGAGCUCCCCUCAGCGCCCUUGUCUGUGGGCGAGAGAGUUCGCGUUGUCGUGAGUCUGGAGGAGCUGAGAACCCUGCAGGAGGGACAUGGGGGAUGGAAUCAUAGGAUGGCUGAGUGCCUGGACAAAAUUGGCAUAGUCCACCGCAUCACGUGCAAGGGCGACGUGCGCGUGCAAUACGAGGGCUAUGCCACACGCUGGACCAUCCACCCGCGAGCACUGGCCAGGGUCACCACCUACACCCCUGGCGAUGUCGUGGUGGUCAUCAGUGACGUUAAUAAGGUCAAAGAAUACCAGAAAGGUCACGGGGAAUGGAUUGAGUAUAUGAAGAGUGCUCUUGGCAAAACGGGUGUGGUGGCGCGAGUCUACCCCGAUGGUGACCUGAGGGUCAACAUCGAGGGCAAAACGUGGACCUUCAACCCCCUGUGCGUCUCACUGGCUCCCCGCACAGCCGAGUACAACAACACCAUGAGGGCUAAUGAGAGAACAGAACACGCAGGCCCUCUAGCAUCAAUACUGCACCAGCUGCUAGAUACAGAGCAGGACAGUUCAGUGGUGGACCAGCUGGUGAGGGAGGCUGCGCAAGGUCACACGCAGGCUGUCUCGCAUCUCCUGGCGAAACAUCCUGACAAGGUGGAUGGGCGGAGUUCCGGGAAGACGUGCCUGCAGGUGGCAUGCCAUCAGGGCCAUAUGGACAUCGUGCGUCUGCUGCUAGACCACAAGGCGUCACUUGAGAUUGCUGAUGAUGACGGCGAUGUGGCACUGCAUUACUCAGCUUUUGGCAACCAACCUGAAAUCAUGGAGCUGCUCCUACGCAAGGGGGCAUCUAUCAACGUGGUGAACGAGGGCAGGUGCUCGGCCCUCCACGUUGCCGUCAAUAAGCAGCAUGCAGCAUGCGUCAAAGUGCUGCUCAAGUACAGCUGUGAUGUCAAUGUACAGGACUCCUACGGUGACACGGCACUGCACGAUGCAAUUGGAAAGGACAGCAUUGAGAUCCUAGAGUUGCUCGGAAACUCGCCGCACCUCGACCUGAACCUGCGCAACAAGAGGGGCUUCAACGUCCUCCACCAUGCAGCGCUUAAGGGGAAUAACUUUGCUGCUGAGAAGCUGGUUCUUCGCUCAAGGCAAUUUGUAGAUGUGCGCAAGGACGAUGGGUUUGCAGCUCUCCACCUGGCGGCCUUAAACGGACACCGACAGGUUGCGGAAACGCUCAUCACCCUCGGCCAGGCUUCUGUCGACAUCACCAACAACAAGAAGCAGACGCCCCUCCUCCUCGCUGUGUCACAGGGUCACUGUGGUGUUGUUGAGCUCCUGGUGGACAGCAAUGCUGAUGUAAGGGCAUGUGAUGAGGAUGGGGACACGGCACUCCACUUGGCACUUUUGAAGAAUUCCACCACAACACAUGCCCAUCCCUCUCAUGCCCCAACCAUCACACAGAUCCUCAACAACAUCUCCCAGCGAGGUUUUGAGAACAAGGUGUCCCUGGCUGUUGCCUGCUAUCUAGUGCAGAAGGGUUGCAGCAUCACUGUGGCCAACAGUCGAUCGAAGACACCUCUCGACCUCAUCAAUGACACCAACACCAUUGACCUGCUGCAGAGCUAUUCCACACAGGCUAGCAGUGCAGACACGAUGGCCCGUGUUGACAUGGACCUGAAGGCAUUGGACCUGGCAGCUGAGAGCAUUCGCCAUGGCAGCAGCGUUGGUGUUGGCAUCCUCGAUGGGCCUUCAUCCUCCUCCUCAUCAUCAGAGUCCCCAUCAGGAGGCUCCUUCACUGGAGGGAACAACAAGCCCCAGUCGGUGUCCCAGCCUGUGAGCCCAGCCAAAAGCCAGGGCGAGCAGGUCAUGGUGCCCGGUACUUCUGAGCCCAUGAACAACUGUGACAUUGAGAAGAUUGUAGAGACUAAGGAAGAGUGCUCGAUUUGCUUGGAGUGUCCAGCCACGGUGAGGUUCCAGCCAUGUGGGCACUGCGUCACCUGCGAGGACUGCUCCACACGCGUCAAGAAGUGCUUCCAAUGCCAUGCAGUUGUGCUGACCAAAGUUACAAAAGAUGGCCGAACAGUCUCCAGCAAGGCUCGGCAGCCAUCCGCGGAGAGACUGCGCUACCUGGAGACCAAGAUCGCUGAGAUUGAGGAGGCUCACUGCUGCAGCAUCUGCCUGGAGCGCCGUCGUAGCGUUGCCUUCCUCUGUGGUCAUGGAGCAUGUGUCAUCUGCGCCCAGACACUGAAGACGUGCCACAUGUGUAGGAAGCCCAUUUCAAAGAAGAUUAAUCUCUAUUGAUAAUAAGGGGUUGGAGUAGGGUUCAAUUUUCCUUUUUUGUUUUUUCUCUCUCUCUUUUGUGUUUAUGAAAAGGUCUAUGUGAUGAUGCUGAUUUUAGACCCUCUUUGGAGUGUUCUUGUUCUACAGGAUGAUCAUAUGAAAGGAAAAGGAUAUUCUGAUAUCAGGGCAUAUAUUAUUCUAUUUUUUCAAGGUCUAGACUAGGACCUUCUUGUGAAAGUCUUUUUAGUGUUAAAUUAAAAAAGAUGUUAUUCAUUGCCAAGAGGAAAGGAAAAAUACAUCAUAAUAUGUACUGCAAGCUCUCCAGUAUAACAGAAGGACAUUAAUUAUUAACACAAUAAAAUGCAGAGUUGGCAAAAGUACUUCAUUCAAAGGAAAUGGAAGGAUACAUAUAUACAUACAUACAUACAUACACACGGACAUUUCAUAUAAUGUGUACAUUCAGACACGUGUAAGGAGCGUUACAGUGGUAUAUUGUGAUUGCAGUAAAAGAAUGGUCACUUAAUGAUAAAGAUUUGUACUUUUAAUGCAAAGUUAUGUCUGCUUGCCCAAAAGUGUCAGUGUUUACUGCACUGUAUCAUUUAGACCUGUGUAGUACAUUACUACCUUGUAUAUAUUGUAGAUUUGAAUUAUGUUCACCCCCACUGUCAUUCAUAGUAUGUUUACAUUCUUUGGUCACUUCAUUUAAUUAUCAUUGUUUUUUCUUCUAGUCAUUUCCAUUAUGAAAUGAUGACCCUGUUUUCUGCUAGAUUUUUAUUAUGUUAUGGAGUAUAUACCUCACCCAGUAAUUGCCUCAGUUUUAUUUUAUACCAGGUUAUUUCUUCCCAUCUUUCCUUUUUCUUAUGAUCAUUUAUUACUCUUGAUCUUCCCCACUUUUUUUCUUUUGUCUUUUGUUAUUCGGUUUCUUCUUUUAUUAUCCUCAUGUUCCUUUAGUCUUUUCUUCCGAUCCCUCCUUCCGCUCUCUGUGCUCUUCCGCAUCCUACGUGGAGCGAGGAAUUGCAAGUGAAGCGAGCACUCAAGCAGGCAAGCCCACGUAAACCAAGAUGCUAGGGAUGGGUAGUUCACUCUGCGAGGUAUCUAGACAUUAGACGGCCAGCCUGUUUCCCCUUGUUAUCAUGCUGCCAUCCAGUGCUACUUGGUGCUGAUAUCGUGUAGAUAAGGAAUCUCAUGCUAAUGCAGAAAAAGAGAAAAAGGUUUAAAUGAAAAUGAAUAAUUCACAGAGCAAGAGAUGUAAUUCACGCGUAUUUAUUAAAUCUAAUGUAAUUCUCAAGAGGAGUUAAAAAGCAAGCAUGUAAGUGACAUAACUGACAUUGUGAAUGAUUAAUUCUCAUUGAAACUUUUUCUAGAAUCUUAUUCAAAACAAGUGGAGAGCACAUAGAUGUUUAAUGCAGAAAUAUUCCUGUAUUGACACACCCCUCACCCCCCCAAGUUUAGAUACAGGUGCAAAUUGAAAUGGAUUUAUUAUUUGAUUUAUCUCACAAGGAAGAGAGUUCAGUAUUGCCUCAAAAUUUGUCAUGUAUGUGUCUGUAUAAUUUAUUUACAGAUAUACAAAUUCAUGAAGGUCUAAGAACAUAAGUGGCACUAUAGUAAAAGUUCAAUAAAAAAUAUGUAUUUUUUUAUUCCUUUUUUUUUUUUUCUUUCCAUAAUAAGAUAGCAGAAGUAAUUUAAAAGAUGAAUACUCGGCAUCAGGGGGUAUAGAGGCUCAGAAUAGCAUGAACUGAAUUUGAGAACGCAGAUGCCAUAGAUACUUUUAAAUAGUUGGUUAAGAAUUUGAGAUCCAUAUCAGUAGCAGUAGGUAUAUAUCACAGUUGUAUGAAAAAUGUACAGCUUUUGAUAGGUUAAGAACACUUGUGUUGAGAAGAGCUUCACUUAAAGCAGAGAUAGUAAUAGUAAAUUAAUUUCGGGCAUGAGACAGAAAUGAACUCUCUCCGUUGUGAUGGACAGAAGUGAGAAACAGUAGGAUUUUUUUCCUUCAUGUAUGCAUGAGUUGCUGGCUCAUUUGCCUUUGUGUUUGGUUGUUGCAAAUAUGGUUUGUCAGUGUUUAGAUAGAUGAGCAGCACCAUUACAGUAUAAUAAAUAGUAUGUUGGACGUUGUGUUUUGUUUUUGGCUGUAAUGUGUCUGGUGAUAUUUUCUUGGUCUCUUUCUCUCACUUUCUCUUUGUGUUGCCUGUUCCACUCGUUCAUAUGCAAAUAUUGAUAUGUUGAUGUGCAUGUAUUUCUGCUAGAAUAUAUAUCACUCAGUCAAAGAAGUUAGCUCUUCUGCAAUGGUAUUGUAUUCAAAGAACAUAUCUGUAAUAUUCUUUCUGUGUAAUGUAGCAAUUCUGUUGGACAUAUUUUCUUGAUGUUUCAGGAUUAUGGAGGAGCUGAAUUUUACUUUAUAAUAUUUUCUAAGGCCACAAACUGAAUGGAGCUCAACAUAUUCUGUAAAUUUCUAACCCUUACAGACAGUUUUAUAUAGAAAAAAAUUAGAGACAGAGAGGGAGAAAAAAAAGUUGAUUAAACACUUUUUCUGACAUGCAUUUGUGUAGGGUCUCUGUGUACUUGAGGAGUCUGUGGAGAUGAAUAAGUGCACAAGUGAAGAAAUCUGGUGCUUUUUUCCAAUGUAUUAGUUUCAGUGUUAAGCAAGAAGAGAGUCAGCCCGUUUUAAAUUUGUAUCUGUACUGUAUGAUUAUAUAAUUUUCGGUUACUUUUUCAAAUAUGUGUUACUGUUCUUGUAUUGUCUUUGAACGUGUUUGCUUCAAUGCCAAUUAUACUUGAGAUAAUUUAGAUGCGAGUGUCUUUAUAUACUCACCUAUUUUCUGAAGCUCUUUAAGUCCCUGCCCCAACAAUUUUGAGCUCAAAAAAAAAAAAAAAAUAGAUAAAUAAAAAAUAAAUAAAUGGGGGGAAAAAAAGCCAUUACGUUGCUGGCUGACACAUUGCUCACUUCUUAGAAUGAUGUGCUUGAUAGAGUAGCACAUAGUUGACCAUUACAGUAGUCUGUUUAAUAAUUAUCAAGGAGAAAUGACACAUUAGGUAUAUUUCCUGCUGACAGCUUCUGGCCGUCCUUUUUCGGUGCUUAAAUUAGACAUUUUACCGCACACACAGUUUUGACUGCACUGCGCUUUGUCUAUCUUUUCUCUCCCAUGAAAAUCAACAAAAACUCAGAAAUCGCAAGCAGAACUUCUCCUUACGUCCACUUGUCAAGCACACAUUUUUUUUUUAUCAGUUUCACUAUGCUGUUGUGGCGUUCUUUGAAAUGACGAUGGUAUAAGAUUUUCCCUCUUGUCUUGAUCAAAAGAGUGUCCUGGAUUAUUCAGUGGCUGUAUAGAGUCUUUGCACUGUAUAGGGUGGGGAAAGUGUAACUGAAUGUAUGUGAGGACAGUUUUUGUGUGUGAAAUUUCUUGUACUAAAUGAGGAAUCUUGUGAUACAGUGUUAAUAGGCAAAAUGUAACCUUCAUUGCAAAAUAUUCUUAAGUCUUCUAAAUAUUAGAUUCCACAUGCCAUAUCAGUAAAACUAGAAGUGAUUUUUGCAGAUUUGACACUAAUGAUUGAUGUAAAUAGAGAGGAAAUUUUGAAUUUAACUAUCAGUUAGUUUUCCUGAUACAGAGUGUAAUAUUUUGUUAAGGGAACACUGUCUGUGCUUUUAAGAUGUAAUUUAAUGAGAAAUUGUUGUAAGAUAAUUUCAUAAAUAUGGUGAAGCCAGGAUCUUUAACAAAAUGUUUCAGAGUACAAUAAGCCCCCUUCCCCCAAAAAAAAGAAUUUUAUAUGGUAUUACAAGAUGAGAACAUGCUUAGGAAAUUCAAACAUUUCUAUUCUUUCUAAAGAGGAAUUUCUACACGUAGAUUUAUGUUUACAUUCUUUCUUUUUCUUAAAUAAAUUAGAAAGCAUCUAAUAAUGUCUUUUUUCUGUCUUUGUGUUUAUUACAACAUGAUUUCAAGGAGGCAUAAUGUGUGUUUUGUUUUUAUUGAGAAUGUGGCAAUGUGGUUGUUUGUUAGUAUGUCGAUGCAUUCCUGUCUUACACCUUUUAUUCAUUAUUCAUGGUUGCUGUUUUUAUCGGUCAUUAAUUUCAUGAAUUCUCUGAAUAUUAUUAUUUUUUAUAUUAUUAUUAUCUAUUAUUAUUAUCAUUAUAGUAUUAUUGCUAUCGAAAUUAGUUACCAUUAUCACCAUUAUUAUUAUUCAACAUAACAAUUGGUAUAAUGGAUAAUCCAAUAUUGAUUACUUCAAACUUGGUUCCAUAUUGAUAUGCAUACUACAGGUGCUAAACUUUAUCAUGGGUUUGCAUUUGACCGAGCAUGACGUAUAGGGAAAAUAUACGCGAGGGUAUACUGGGGCAGCUUGGCUUAGAGUGAUAUUUCAUGCAUUAUUUAUAUAUUGUACUUUUUUUUUUUUUUUUUUUUUGGUAAUGGAUACGUAAAUAACCAGUAUUUUUUUAUUUGCAAUGUUUUCAGUGAACUAAUUACUGUUUUCCUUGUUACUCAUCUUUUACAUUAGUAAGAUGUCAGUAUUGCGUUCAAAUAUCUUUUCUUAAUCUCAUUUUCAAAAGAUAAAGAUUUGUAUUUGUUUGUUUGUAUGUAUGUAUAUGACUGGCUGUGCAUUUGUUUUGUCUGUAUGAAUGUCUGUGUUUGUUUGUGUAUACGUAUGUCUGUUUGUGUAUAUAUGUGUACUUGUUGAAUAAAUGCAUACUCUAUGCCUACUUGUCUCAUUAUUAUGUUAUUAUACGCACUACAUUCAUUCAUUUAUACAUAUGUGUGUAUUUGUAAAUACCCCUUAUGUAAUUAACAUCAAGUUUCAUUUAAUUUUGUUUUGUUGUUAUUAUGGCACAAAUGUGAUUUGCACACAUUUUAUGUUGUGUAGACUAAUGCUUUGUGUUUGUAUAUAUUGUGGUUGGAGGGAUAAAUGGGAACAGCAGUCACCAUAAAACAAAAGGAAACCUUAAGAAAAAGGAAUUAUAUAUAUGUGUAAAUUUGAAGAUAUAAAGAUCCCAUGACCUAUAAUACUAGUCUUUUUUCGGCUAUCUAUUACAGAGUAAUGAGGUUUUUUUUUGUUUUUUUUUUAAAUUCUUUGUUGUCAUCAAUAUAUUAUUGUUAUUAAUGUCAAAAUUUUGUUGGUGUCAUUAUUACCAUUGAAUUCAGAAGCUAAUGCUGGUAAGGUAUUAUUAUUUGAAAUGUUACCUAUGUUCAUUAUUUAUUAAAUUGUAUGAAGAUGUUAUUCUCUUUUUUGUUGUAAUUUUUAUACUGUUAUGGAGCUUUUAGAAAAAAUCUCCCCAGACUUUCAGACUUUAAAAAGUUUCUGGACUAGGGUCAUGAGAUCGCGCAUUGGUGUGACUUUGCGCAUCGUUAAUUUGAUGAACUACGGCUUGAACACUUUUGUACGUGGGAUUUCCGAGCAACCACUUUUACUUCCCAGUUCAUGAGAAAAGUGUUACUGUAUCAGACAAGACUACCUUCAUUUCAAGUGCUUGCUAUUCUACUGGCAUUUGCAUAUGUGCCAACCAUUCAGAACCUGUAACAUGUAACUGUAAAACUAAGAUUUACUGUAGCGUAAAUGAACCUUUUGACAGAGUUUGUACUUCAAUAGAUAUGAUAUCUUGCUUCCAACCGGACCUUUUUUUUAUGUGGUCUUUGCAUGUACUAAUGCAUUUGCGUUUAUUGUGGUAAUAGUAAUAAAACAUUUAAAGAAUAAAA